AUGACGACACGAAAUGAAUUAUUUAAAAGUGGCGUCAGUCGAAAAAUUGAUGAUGACGUUUCCAUCAAAUCGGAAGAUGAAAAUAGCGUGGGUGAUGGUGACUCGUGCGGAAGUGGGCCCGAAUCCGUAAUAAUUGAAAAAGAAGAUGAUGGUAAAUCACCGUCACCCGAAGAAUCGGGAGUCAACGGUGAAGAAAUUAUCAAUUCUUCUUCUACAUCACAAGCGGUGAUUUCAGCUGGUCUCGUGUCGACCGGGGGGGGUUAUCCGAGGGUCUUGUACCAAACAUCAAACGGAAUGAUGUACGCUGCUCCAUCUCCGUCACUUCCAAACGGUGUCAUCUUUAGCCUUAGCCAUCAAGUAGAUCCAGGAGGAACCGGCAGUGGUGGUGGUGGUGGUGCUGGUUCGUCGAGCAGAAGUCACGGAAAUUCUAGACAACAGCAAUUAAUAACGAUACCAUUUCCUGUUCUUUCUGCGACACCCUGUUCGAGUAAUCGCGAUACUGAACAGGAGGCUGCAGAUCUUUCUAGAAAAUGA